ACAGAGAGAGAGAUGGGGACGUUGAUUUGAAUAAUAAUGUUAGUUACUAAAAGCAAACCAUCCUAAUCUGCCGACAGAAACAAAGAGUCCAAAACCAACUCAUAAACAUCACCACCACACACGCACAUACACACACACACACACUAUUACUGCUAUACACAUUCAUAUUUCACACUUCCCCAAUUAUUGUCUCAUUUCCUCUCUCCCUCUCUUCUUCCCUUUGCUGGUGCUUCCACUCCCCAUGGAUUACCAACAGGAGACCGCGUCGGUUAACUACAAAUGUGAGCAAGACGACUGUUCUAAUCUUGAGGCCGAGUUUUCUUCCACUAUUGACGACAUUCUCUAUUCUUCACAGGCUAUGACAAUGGAUGUUGAUGUAAGCUUGGAGUGGCUAUCAGCAUUUGUGGAAGAAUGUUUAUCAACCAAAGGAAGCACCCUCCCUCUUCCACCACCCUCACAACUAUCCACACAGCUCAACAAUCCACCUACAAAACCAAGUUCACUUUCUCAACUUGUGCCUACUUCUUCCAACUCGCAGUUCGCCCAUUUUCCUGCAGUCCCCGGCAAGGCCAGGAGCAAGAGAAGACGACGAACGCCCUCCAAAAUGAGCGUUCUCCCUCUCAUUAGUCGACGUCUCCGUCAACUGAACCUGCUGCAGAACAAACAUUCCUUACAAUUGACCACCUCUACAGACCCCCUUCUGUUGCAACAGACCUAUUGGUUGGCCGAUAGUGAGCUCUUACUUCCGCCUAAGGCUCGAGGAGGAGAAAGAGAGAAGACGGUAGACAUGGGUCAGAUAGAAACAACAGUUGAGAAUAGUAUGAAGAAACAGCAGCAACAGGGUGCAGGGAGUGGGAGGAGAUGCAGCCAUUGUCAAGCACAGAGGACUCCACAGUGGAGAAGUGGACCAUUGGGACCCAAGACAUUAUGCAAUGCAUGUGGAGUAAGAUACAAAAAGUCAGGAAGAUUAUUACCAGAGUAUAGACCAGCCAACAGCCCUACUUUUGUGAGCUUAUUGCAUUCAAAUUCCCACAAGAGAGUUAUGGAGAUGAGAAUGAUGAAUGCCUCUUCUUCUACUUCUACUUCUACUACUACCUUUCCCUCCUCUUCGUAAAACCGACUACCGACGCACCAAACCCGCAGUUGCAAGACAAUUUGGUUCUCCAAUGUAAACUACCCUUUCUUUUCAAAUUAGAGUAUUUCAGCUCCUCAUUCAGCUCUCGUGCACACAUGAACCGUCCUUGUGACCAUUUCUAGUAUGAUAGACUGAUUACUACUUGGAGUAUUGAAUAAUUACAUUUAUUUACAUUAUUUAUUCA